AUGUCCCAACAACAACACUUCGAGCACGAUUGCACAGCUGCUGCCCACAAGAUCAACGCUCUCCAUGCCGCUCAGGUUGAUGAAACAUCUCACCCACACGAGCACGUCCAUGGUGUUGACCCACUCCACCAGGACCAUAGUGAGCACAUCCAGCACAAGCAGGUCGCUCACGGCCAUCACACAGGUUCCGCUGCUGCUCCAGCUAAGGAUGGCGCCGCCCCAGCUAAGGAUGCUGCCCCAGCUCCAAAGAAGUAA